GGCCCCUCGGCUCAGCUCAGUCACUUUCCUCCACUGAGAGACGCUCCUGCCCCACAGCCGUUCACCAUGGUGCACUGGACCGCUGAAGAGAAGCAGCUCAUUUUAAACCUCUGGGGCAGAAUCGACGUGGCCACCGUUGGUGGUGAAGCCCUGUGCUGCUUGCUGGUGGUGUACCCCUGGACUCGGAGGUUGUUUCGUGAUUUUGGGGACAUCUCCAACGCCGCUGCCAUCUGUGCCAAUGCCAAAAUCAAGGCUCACGGCAAGAAGGUGCUCACCUCCUUCGGAGACGCCAUCAAGAACCUGGACAACGUCAAGGACACUUUUGCGAAGCUGAGCGAGUUGCACUGCGACAAGCUGCACGUGGACCCCGAGAACUUCAGGCGCCUGGGCGACGUCCUCAUCACUCUCCUGGCAGCCCACUUUGGGAAGGAGUUCACCCCAGCCUACCACCAUGCUUUCCAGAAGCUGACUGGAGUGGUGGCCCACGCCCUGGCCCACCGGUACCACUGAGCGACCUGGAGGGAGAAGCAGCCGCAGCCUCGCACUAGUCUCGCUACCACCCACCGGAGGGGACCCCCUUCCGGCCCCAUGUAACUCGCUGCCCUCCAAUAAAAGCCCCCUCUGCAAUCUGA